AUGUCAUUGAAACCAGAUUCCACUUAUACUUUAAACAAUGGUCAAACCAUUCCAGUUUCUGGAUUUGGUGUCUAUCAAAUCCCACUUGAUCAAACACAAAAUUUGGUUUAUGAAGCUUUGAAAGUUGGUUAUAGACAUAUUGAUUCUGCUCAAGGUUAUGGGAAUGAAGAACAAGCUGCUAAAGGUAUUGCUCAAUUCCUACAAGAGAAUCCUGAUGUUAGAAGAUCUGAUGUUUUCUUUACUACAAAAAUCUUACAUACAAAUCAUGGUUAUGAAAGAUCUAAAGUAGUUAUUGAUGAAUCAUUGGCUAAAGUUGUCCCACAUAUUGAAUAUAUUGAUUUGUUCUUAUUACAUUCACCAAAAUCUACAAAGCAAUUGAGAAUUGAAACUUGGAAACGUUUACAAGAAUACGUUGAUGCUGGUGUUGUUAAAUCAUUAGGUGUUUCAAACUUCGGUAUCAAACAUUUAGAAGAAUUUUACGCUUGGGUUGGAUUGAAAUAUAAACCUGUUGUUAAUCAAUUAGAAUUACAUCCUUGGCUACCUCGUUUGGAUUUGUUAGAACAUGGUAAACAAAAUGAUUAUUAUUUGGAAGCUUAUGGUCCGUUGACACAAAACAAGAAAAUUGAUGAUCCUGAAUUAGUUAAAGUUGCUCAAGAUAACGGAUUAACACCUGCUCAAGUUUUACUUAGAUGGUCUUAUGAUCAAGGCUAUAUCCCAUUAGCCAAGACUGCUAAUGUUAAAAGACUUCCUGAUAAUUUCUCUGUUUUGGAAAAAGUUCCACCAAUCAAGGAAUUGAAAGGUUCUGAAGUUUUGAAUAAACCUGAUAGUUAUUUAACCCUAGAUUGGGAUCCUACUGUUUAUGAUGAUUCUGAAUACGUUCAAGAAAAAUGA